AUGGAUCAAGGUUUUAUAAAAAUUCGUCAUGAAAACAACGAAAUUUCCUUGCCUUUAUCGAAGAAUGGAAACUUGAAAUUAUCGGUUUUAAAACAAUAUUUUCCAAACGCGGUAGGUUUAACCUAUAUUACAAAUCGUCAAACACGUGGUGUUCUGAUAGAAUCUCAAGAAUUAGUAAUCAACCCUGCUAUUAAUUGUUAUGAUAUUCACAUAGGUUCAGAAUUUAAAAAUCCCAUCACAAGUAAGAAAAGGAAAAUUGUCGAAGACAUGCUAAGCAGAAUUUCAGAGGCUAAUCCCUCAACAUCUUCAAAAAUUAAGCCUCUAGAACCACUUUGUGGCUCAACUUCAAAAUCAGUCACCUUCAGAAGAAUUAGUAUUGGUUGGUUGCGGAAAACUGACAAUACGUAUGCGCAAGUGAAAGGAACUCUUGGAGGGAUCCGAGAGCUACGUCUCGAAGCCAGUAAAAAAUAUUUUGUUGAUGAUAUUAAAAAAUUAGCAAUCGAAGAAUUUGCUCAGGAUAAUGAGUUGUCUUUUGCUAAUUGUGACACCCAUCUCGGCCGUUUUAAUGGAACUAUUUUAUCUAGUUUUACUAAUAAUGCGGGAAAAGAAUGU